UUGUGUUGUAAUAGUCUUGCUGGAGACCUGAAGGUGUGUCUCUGCCUUUAUAAAUACCACACUGCUUUUACAAGUAGCUCCAAUCCUUCUGAGAGAGACAGGUUGCAUCUUGAGUUAUAUUUGGCUAGCUUCACAUCCUGUGCAAGGCAGAUAACAGGCAAAACAGAAACCAUGAGAAUCAAAAACUUUGGACUUCUUUGUGUGUUGAUUCUGGUCUCCCAGAUGCUACUAACCAGCUGUGAAAGACAGAAGGAAAGAAAAAAGGGAAGACAAGGCAUAGAAAACAGUGGAAAAAAACAGACUGAAUCAAACCAAGAGAAAGAAAAAGGGCAGAAGCCAAAAGGAGGAAAAGCAUCUCCUAAAGGCAAAUUUAAAACCAAAGAAAAUGCUGAGUGUACCUGGGCAGUGACCGGCAUGGAUGCUGCUACCAUACGAGUCGAGUGCACCAACAGCGACAGCAAGUUCUGGUGUGAGUUCUCUGGAGACCCUUCCACCUGUCCACACUACGCAGCAAACCAGAAAUCCUACUGGAAGCAAGUCUCCCGAUCCUUAAAGAAGCAGAAGCAGAUCUGUCAGGACCCCAGAAGCAUCCUCAAAUCCAAAGUGUGCAGGAAAGGCCCACAAAGUGCUCACCUCAUACUGACACGCUCAAGCCUCUUGGCGUCAGUGGGUCCUGCGAAAGGGGAUGCAACCCACCACAAAAAAGAAGUGACACAGGUCCCAGCCGCUGCCUCUGAGCCUGGCAAACAGCUAGAGCACAGCUCCCAAGACUGUGUCGAAGACGUCGAUUACAUUGAUCAGAAGAAGGUGGCUGAGGAAUACUGUCCAGAGAGUCUGCUUUCCUUCUGCAACUUUUUUAUAACAAUGGUGCAAGACAAAAAGUGCUGAGGACGUGUUUGCAAAGCCCUGUGUCAUGAAAUUCUUAUCUCUACUAAGCGACUGCAAACUCAUCCACAUCUUACUCUUAUGUGAUAUAGUGUAUAUAAGAAAAAAAGUCACACAGCUGUAUAUUUAUAUAUAUUUUUUGAUUUUGUUUUUACACAGCAGACUACACUUGGCAUAGCUGAAGAUGUAUAGACUUUAUUUGCACACAGAUUUCUACACAAGUGUUACCAAUAGAUGUUACGUACUCUGCACAGAGGUGUCUCAAUAGUCUCUUUGCCCCUUUUUGAGCUGUGCUAGCCAAAGGGAUGAAUUCAGUGCUAUGCACUUCUUGGUUAUGUACUAUACUUUUAACCUAAAAAUUAUUAAGUAAAAUAAACUUCAAAAUGUACUCAAAAUA